GCCUUUUGGCUUUUCUGUACAACCAUAAAGAUGAUCCGAGGUCCCUUGAUGUCCCUCAAAAAGGGGAGGCGCAAUUUGCGCGCUGCGAAUCCUGCAUGACACAUGGGGAGGAUGGGAAGGCGUCGCAUCAGAACUAUGCCAGCUUCACCAUCAUGUGCUGCCUGUGGCUGACGGUGGGCAUGAACAACGCCUCGGUUGCUUGGACCCUAAAGGACAUCUCGGAGUCUCAGGAGCUGGACCUCCGCCAGGAGAGUCUGGUGGUCUCAGGCUUCGCCAUGGGCUACUGCUUGGGCCCGGUGACCAUGGGCGUGCUGCUGGACAAGCUGGGCCGGCGGCCGACCCUGCUGCUGUGCUGCAUCGUGCCCUCCUUGUGCCAAGCAGCGACAGCGGCACUGAGUGUGGGCCUUGCCAAGGGCUGGGCCUUCGCCUUGGCGCUGAGCUACUUGCGCUGCUGCCAGGGGCUCUGCAGUGGCGGCGCGACCAUGAGCAGCAAGGUGUAUUUGAAUGAGACCUUGCCUCCCAGCUGUCGGGACGCGAUGAUGAGCAUGGUGCACACGCAGCUGCAGCUGGGGGGCAUUGUGCUCACCAUCGCCGCCCUCUUCUGGCACAGCUGGCAGCAGCUCCAUGCAGUGCUGGCGGUGCCGGGGCUGGUGACCUUUCUUCUGCUGCUCUCUCCGGAGCUCUGCCCGGAGAGCCUGGCGCAGCGCUCCGAAGACCCGGGCUUGGCCGAGCUUCUGCGGCCGCCGUUGCGGCGGCGCGUGGCUGCGCUGGUGGCGAACCAGUUCUUCCAUCGGCUUUGCCAGCAGGGCAACGACGCCUGGGGCAUGAAGAGUCUGGACACAGACUUUCGCGCCAUGGUGUCCAGCGUGAAAUUCAUUUGUAAGAUCUUGGGGGGCCUGCUGGCGGCCUCCGCCUCCCAGCGCUUGGGCACCUUGCCCGUGCUGCUGGGCGGCUACAUGACCUGCUCGGUGGGCACCCUUGCCUUUGCCAUGGCCAACGAGAAGAUGAGUCUGUCUGUUGCCUGGGGUGUGGCCAACCUGGGUGAGGAGGUGGCCAACGUGCUGGCGAUGACCAGCACGGUCCAGGCCUUCCCGAAGCACCUCAGGGGCCGCGGCGUCAGCCUGGUGUCUGCGCCAACGGCGCUGGCCGGCGUCUUCGCCGGAAGUUUGGGCACGUUGAGCGCCCACAACCCCAAGGCUCCGUUUCUCGUCACAGCCUCCAGUAUGGUUCUGAGCGGCAGCAUUCUUCUUCUCUUCUCCGGGUGCAUCUUCCAGCCCUGCCGGCCCGCGGAGAAGCAGGAUUAAGAGACUCACCACGUGGGUUUGCCGGAGCAGCCCGUGAGUGCAGGGUUGGAUAUGGGUCAAAAGCCCGUACCCAGUGAACAUCC